UAUAUAUAUAUAUAUAUAUAUAAAUGCCUCGAUAUACGAUCGUUAUCCAAUACGACACCCUGCAAGCCUACCAGCGCCAUGGCGGAAACAUGGAAGAACUAACAAAACAGUCUUUCCUGGCAAAAGGCGCUAUCGAGCAGACACUCUUCAUCUCCACGCGAAGUUUACCGCCAAUUCAUACUACUUCGUUCUAUGCACCGGAUCAUGUAUGUUUGGAGGACUUGACGAGGGUGAAUUUGGGUGAUGGGGUGAGGUUUGAUAUACAUAAGGAGGCAUAGUAUAGUAUGCUACCUAUCAGAGGUUUUGCUUUAUGUAUUCCAUGUUUAUGGGUUGAAGGUAUAGUCUUUAAGGAUGCAGUACCUUGAAUAUCCCUAUAAAACACUUCCAAAGCCUCUCUACAUAUUAACCUAAACUUGCAAUAAGAUGUCAUCAGAGCUGGACAAUUUAGAUAGUUACUUUUGUCUGGGUGUUGACACUCUGAACCCUCUAAUUAGUUAGUUGACUUGUCUUAUUUCUUGCCAUUAUCCCUAACCAGGAGAAGGGCUUAUUUUAUAUGCUUUGUACGCAAGAUGGGACAAAGCACAUGUUGUUGCCCUAAUAAAGGCAGCCUGGACAGGGGAUGAAUCAAGAAAGAUAAUCUCAUUGCAAUUGCUUUGUUAC